AUGAGCAGCCAUCUGUGGAAAUUCUUCUAUGAAGAUGACUUCGCGUCAUUCGAGAGGUUCUUGGAGGGCGCGGCUCACAAUGCCAGACCUCAGGUGCCAAGAGCGGCGCAACAGCAUGGAAUCGGGCCUCUCAUAGGCAGUCCGGAGCAUGGUCUCUCUCCGAGCCUUGCGACAAGAAAUCGUAGAGUUCCGACACCCAAAUCGCCAGCUGGCGGCGCCGUGGCUCUGAGCAAGGCUGAUAUAAACCACCGGGAUGCGCUUGGACGGACACUGCUGCAUCAUGCGGCAUCUUCUGCAUCGGAAAGUGCUCUCGCCUUCGCAACGGCUCUCAUAGACCACCCUUACAUUGACCUCUACUCGCAAGAUCUUGAAAAUGGGUGGACUGCUUUGCACCGCGCCUUCUACUUUGGAAACAUUACAAUAGCUAGGCUGAUUUUGGAGCGCGAUGCGGGAUCUGCAUUUGGCAGGACUGGUCAUCAGGUCAAUCAGCUUGUCAAGGUCAAGGACAGAGAAGGACUUGGUCCGCUAGACCUGUAUGCAGCCACCAUCCGGGAUAGGACCUUGCGGCCUGUGUCGAGGCCUAGGCCCGGAUCGGAUGCCAGUGACGAUGAUCACGCCAUAGGCGACAGUGGAGAUGGCGAUGCUUCCGAUGAGCCAUCCAAAAUAUCCUUCGAGGAAGUCAAUGGCAGUGAUUUGUUCUCCUUUGGCUCCGGCAAAAACUCAAAUCUUGGCCUGGGAGAUCAGGACGAUCGCCAGUUUCCCGAACGUAUCAAUCUGCGGCGCCCAGAGCAUCUCCUGCGCCGAUUCUUUGAGGACCAUCUGCGCGAGCACGAGCUCAAAUGGUCGUCGCAUAAUCCAGCAUACAUACCUAGGGCAGCAAACACGCCUGGCAUGUGGAUCGAAGAUAUCCCAUGGGUAGUCCGCUCGAGGCCUAUUGUGAUACAGGAUGUCUUUAUGUCCAAGCUGCAUACUGCGGUGCUGACCACCGAUGGUGUCUCGAACAUGUACAUAUGUGGCCAUGGCCAAGGUGGUCGUCUUGGCACAGGCGACGAGCGCACUCGAUUCCACUUUGUCUGUGUAGAGGGCGGCGGUCUUGCUGGCAAGCGUGUUGCUACUGUGGCCUUGGGCCAAAACCACACAUUGGCGCUUACUGACGAUGGAGACUGCUACUCAUGGGGUCAGAAUGGCUUUGGCCAGCUUGGCUACAGCCUUCCGAAAUUACCGAGCGAAGACGAGGCCAUCAGUGUUCUUCCGCGACAGAUCUUCGGGCCUCUGAAAAGAGAGACAGUGACUGGAGUUGCAGCUUCAAGAAUCCAUUCAGUGGCGCAUACUUCGACCUCGCUUUUCACAUUCGGCAAGAAUGAGGGACAAUUGGGAAUUGUGGAUUCUGAUGCUCGCUCUCUCGAGAUGCAGACCACGCCUCGGAAGGUGGCUGCAUCAUUAUUCGCAGCGCCAAUAGCAGCCGCUUGUGCCAUCGAUCGGGCUACCAUAUGUCUAUUAGACAAUAACGAUGUCUGGGUUUUCGCAAAUUAUGGCUAUGCCAAGAUAGCCUUUCCUCUGGAUGGGUUCUCAAACUAUUUCCUCAAGCAGAGCUUCCUGGUCACCAAUUAUGAUUCUGCGCCAAACAGGAUUACGAAAAUCACGGCUGAAGGGGACAACAUUUGUGCUGUGUCAAGCCGUGGCGAGGUCUUUACGUUAUCAAUAGGUCAACGCGUGGACAACCAGGCGAGCGGAUCCACAAGCAAUCCUGGGAAGAUUCGCAGUGCCAUUGGCCAGCCACAACGGAUCUGGUCUCCAAAAAAGAACAACAUGGCCGCUCGCGACGUGGCACUUGACACCGAUGGCAGCAUCAUCCUCUCCACAGCCGAGGGAAGCGUCUGGAAACGAAGCAAGCGCGCCAGUCCGAAGGAUACCACCGCUUUAGGCACUGCGUAUAAGCCUAAGGACUACAAAUUCUCACGCGUCCCUGGACUUACCCGCAUUCUUGCAGUACGUGCCUCGGGACACGGCGCCUAUUCUGCUAUCCGCCAUGACUGUGAUGUCCUCAAAACGCAAGUCAUCGUUGAGGAUGCGACUCUGUGGAAUGACAUGUUCUCUCUGCUAUCAUUACGAGGCCUAGCCAGGGAUGACAGCGAUAGCGACGACAUGCGACCCCGAUUCUGGCAAAGCAAUAAGAAGCCCAGUGAGUUGUCUUCAAUGAAGAAAGCCAUUAUUGGAAGUGUGGAUAUCGAUGUUCAACUGGCUGCGUUACUGGAAACACAAAAGGAUGUGAUUGACGAUACCAAAUGUGACGCAUUCCUUGCGACUACCUCGUCAGAGCUCAAGAUUCCCGUCCACCGAUUUCUCCUGACGGCCAGAAGCCGCAUUCUCAGACGUGGAUUCCGAGAUCUCUGCGAAACAACCACUUUUACCGUGGAAGACUUACUGAGAUCGGAACUCGACAUCCAUGGCAAGCUCGUGGUCACGUUUCAGGGCGUGGACAUCCUGACAGUUGUUGACCUUGCCUUGUAUCUCUACACAGAUUCACUUGUGGAUUUCUGGAACUUCGUCAGAAGUGCACCGAGAAUGGCAUACUCCUAUCGCCAAGUGCGCGCGGAGUUGAUGAGGAUUGCGUCCAAGCUUGAGCUGUCACUACUGGAACCUGCUGUGAGACAGAUGGUUGAGCCGCGACCUGGUCUCGAUAAGGAUCUUGAGGUAGCCUUCCUGGAUCCCGCAUUCUUUCACGAUGGCGAUAUACUUGUCCAGCUUGAGGAUGACGAAAUCAGAGUACAUAGCGCUCUAGUCUGCGCUCGUUGUCCAUUCUUCCAUGGUCUUUUCAUGGGACGCGCGGGUGGCAGAUGGCUUGCUGGGCGCUCAAAUGCUGAGCACGUCAACGUGGACCUCAAACAUGUGAGCUCCAGCACGUUCAAGUUGGUCCUGCGUCACAUCUACUGCGAUACUGGCGCUGAACUCUUCGACGACGUCGUCAGCCCAUCUGUUGAUGACUUCCUGGAUACCGUAACCGAUGUGAUGAGUUGUGCGAACGAGCUCAUGCUGGACAGAUUAUCGCAAAUUUCGCAACAGGUCAUCGGACAUUACGUCCAUGCUCGAAAUGUGUGCGGCCUUCUCAAUGCCAUAGCUCCGUGCUCCGUGCAUGAGUUCAAAGACGCAGCCUUGGACUACAUUUGUCUCAAUCUUGAAGCUAUGUUGCAAGGCCAUCAUCUGAAUGAGCUGGAUCCGGACCUGCUAGAGGAGCUUGACGAAGUCAUUCGAGCGAAUCAACUGGCAUCCAUGCCCUUCGCUAAAAGUGGCAGAGCGGAGCUGCUGCUUCACGAACGAAACCCAGAGCUCGCUGCAGCAAUGGAUGCCAGCCGGCGCAGAAAGAUUGACACAGUCACGCUCCGCUCAAAGUUCCAGGACAUGGCCAUUUUUGCGCCAGGUUCUUUCGGCGAAGAGAUCUCAACAUCGCCGACGCAGUCGAAGAACCGUCGACGUUCCUCGCAGGUUGUCAGGCAUGAAGUUGAGCAUGAACAGCCAUCGCUCAAGGCGAAGCCAUCGUCGAAAGACAUGAUGUUUGAGAUGGAUGAGGAGUUUGCAUCAUCCGCAAGGUCACCGCAAACUUCGCCUUCGAUCAGAGCCAGGAAUGGUGUCCAAGCGCUAGGUACCAGCUUGCAAGAUGAAGAGUCAUGGUUCGACAACAGGGGUAAAGCACUCCCUUCGCCCAAACUCGCCCCGCAGGUAGCAGUAUCGGGAUCAGUCACUCCCAGAACACCCAAGUCCCCAGAGAUCGCGGGUAAGGCACAUGUCGUUGAUCCUUCGAAGCCGUGGAGCUUGACGCCGCUGUCGUCCAAGUCAGCCAUGAAAGAUAUCAUGGCACAAGCGGCCACGACUCGAACCUCUUCGUUGACUUCUGGCCUAGCCAAUGCUUCGAAACAGCUCACCCAAGACGUACCUAAACCGUUCAACUUACCUGCGCCAAAGAUGAGUCAGAAAGAUCGCAAGAGGAUGAUGCAUUCUCAACAGCAAGGCCAAGUUGAGUCGCUGACAUUAUCUGGCGGCACUGGGUCGUCACCAAAGCCUUUCUCGUGGCAAACAGUCUCGGCACAGAAGCGACCUGGAUUGAAGGACGUUCUUCAAAGCGAGGCAUCUGCAGCGGACUCAAAACGCGCCGCCUCACGCUCACCAAGCGCACCUCAGUUGACCAUGCGACAAACGGUGGCAAACCCCAAACCUUCAAAGUCAACGAUGAGUACAAGCAAGCAGCAGGCCAACAGCGCUGCUCAGUCUCCUUCUCAGCCCGUCCCACGUUCAGUCCGACAUCAACCAAUUGAGGAGGCUGAUUGGGGCCUCAGCAUGUCGGAGAUCGUGGCUCAGCAGCAACUCGAGAAAGACAUUAUCAAGGAAGCCGUCGCGCCCCGAGAUCUUCAAGACAUUCAAGCUGAGCAAGAGUUCCAAGAGUGGUGGAACAAAGAGAGCGCUAGGGUGCAAGAGGCCGAACAACGCGCGGCAGCUGCAGCUGCGAGAGCCUCUAAGAAGAAUAGAGGUCGAGGUGGUCAUUCUCGUGGCAAAGGCAAGAAAGCUGGCCCGGCUGAUGGAAACGUGAAACCGGCUGACUCUAAAGCACAAGCUGAAGCUGCGCAGCCUGCGCGACAGCAGUAA